CAGCAAACGACACCUCUAUAGAGGCCCAAUCCGUUGCCGAACCCUGGGGAGGUGCCACCUUCCCGAAUCUUCAUCUAUCGCGUUUCUUAUGGCGGGCUCCGUGCUGCUCGCAGAGAUGUAUGGUCAGUUGGACUGGCUUCAGGAGCCAAUGAAGGUGGUCAUCAGCGAGGCCCGCCGCGGAAGCGACCUCCCGGAGGUUGCAGAGGAGCUCGAGGGCAAGGCGUUGCAGCGGAGGAAGCUGCGGCUGAAGGGCGGGAUGUCGCCCAUCAGCAUGGGGAGUUUGGGCCAUCCGGAGCUUUGCCGGAGGCCUUGCGUCUACGUGGCCUCAUACAAAACCGCGUGCCCGCACGGAAGCGCCUGCAGCUAUUGCCAUCUGCCGCAUGCGGAGAACCGGGCCAUCGACAAGAGGCAGCGGGACUUCCUGAAGAGCCUCAGCGACUCUGAGCUGCUGGCGAUUCUGCUCCCGCAUAUGUACGCCAAGGUGCUCAAGGGCCGCAUGCCGCCUGAGACGAUGGAGCUGUUGCAGUUGCUGCAGCUGAGAUGCGGCUGGGGGGCCUUCGGCCCUCCGACGGUGGGCUGCCCAAACGGCCUGGAGGCGGUUCUGCAGCGGAUGACCUUUUCAUGGCUGCUGAGCCUCCUGUCCUGCAGCAAGGAUCCGGAGCUCACGUUGCUGGUGGACCAGCUGCGGGUGUUGGGCGACGUUCGCCCGUGAUCACGGGGAGCCGGCCGCCCGGCCGGUGUUCGGCUCAUAGCUGACCUGCUGGACGGAUCGCUUCAGACACGU